GCGCACUUCAUUGUCAACCACAGCGACUUGCUGCAAUUGAUUUUUCUUAGCCACGGUGUACGAAGCACGAACAUUUUCACUGCGAUGUGCGGAGGGACCUGCGUUACUUUUGGAUGCGACUCUUGCGCCAAGUCCAUAGUAGCUGCGAAGCAUGGAUGGAUCGAGUGCAUGUCGACCACUUUUCCGGGCAAAGUUUACUACUUUCACACGAGUACGCGAUGCUCAACGUGGCAACGACCCGUUCCGCGCAACGUCACGCUUCCGCGUUACAAAAAAUUUCGGGAUGCGAUAAUUUUUGCAUCCAGGAAUCGAACCCGGCCGAUUCGCUGACCAAUGACGAGGUCCUUCCUUCAGGAUUGUCGGUGUCGAGCACCAAGCAUUCGAUUUUCUCCGGUGAUCCGCCUUCGGCGUUCGAAAUGCACGCUCGCAGGAUGCAGAUAUACCUUGAGAAAAAUACCGACCAUUGCAGUAGCGAGGCGCUUCGAGACAAACUGAUCGAAAGCUACAAGAACGCAAAAGCCGAGCUUGCGAAAAAAUUAGACGAAAAGCGGAGGAUGAAGCAGCCGCGAAGCGUCGCUGAAAAACCGAAGCCGAAACCGAGAACGCUUCAGGCCUCCGUAAGAACGAUCCGCGAAUGUAAUGGGAUAAAGACUAUCAGCUACGAUAACGUGCCCCGGGAAUUACCCGCUGGUGUAAAAUGUUGCGAUCUGAGCGAGAGCACAUCGGAUUCGAACUUCUUUCCCGGUCCGCGCUGUGAACGGUCAUCGGUAACCGACAAAAGUCUAAUCCCACCCGGUCAAGGUCGAGACGAAGAUGGUAUAUCUGGUCACAAUCGCCGCUUCGCCGAUUUAACUUUCAAGGAUUUGAAUUUAAGCGAUACGGAGAACACCGAGAGCGGAUUCGGAUCUGCGUAGUAGGCUGCUCGGUUUGCGAUCUGUUCGCUUGCAAAUUCGAUCGGAAUAUUUCUAUCCCUGCGUACGUGCAACAUUUUCCUGGUAGAAAGAAAAAAAAAACGUACCAGACUCACGUGAUACUAGGAUGUAAGAAUUACCAUAUUAGAACGAUGUAGGUAUCAGAUUGAAAAAACCUUUUGCACUAGGUUCCAUAUCCUAGAGCUAACUACUAUACGUACAUGUCAAUUGUUCUAGAUAUUUCCA